AAAGAGAGGCCCAGAGAGGUUACCUGGCUCAUCUCGGGUCACACCUACAGUGUUAGUGAAUAUCUGUUCAGAGAAUGACUCUUGUGCACGACCCAGCAAUUGGCAAUCCUAGAUCUGUCUGCAAGAGAAUUGAAAACAUCCCCACAAAAACUAGGACAUGAAUGUUCAUGGCAGCAUUAUUCAUUCAAAAUGGCCCAAAAUGGAGUCAAACAGAACGUCCACCCGAUGAUGAAUGGACAAACAAAAUGUGGCAUAUCUAUACGGGAAUUAAUCUGAUAGCACAUAUUGAUGGCUGUAGAGAAGUCAUCACUCUCACUGGAUUCCAGUGAGAGUGAGUCUGAGGAGUUGCCAACAUUUGCCUUUCUGAAGAAGGAACCGUCUUCAACAAAGAGGAGGCAGCCUCAGAAGGAGGAGAAGAUUGUAGUGGUUGACAUCUCAGAUUCUGAGGCCUCCUGUCCUCCAUCACCAAAAUUGAGAGAUCCACCACCUGUUCCAGAGACAGCUGAAACUGUCACACGAACAGAGCCAGUCAGGGUGCUAAGCAGUGGAAGUGAGGAUGAGGAAGAAUUUGCUCCCCUUGCUGAGAGACUUACUUGUAAGUUUUUGACCCACAAGCAGCUGAGCCCUGAGGACUCCAGCUCCCCAGUUAAAAGGGUUUUAGAUCAUCAAAAUAAUGAAGGAGCAUCACGUGACUGGCAAAACCAGCCCUUCACAAAGAUCCGUGAUAUUCCUCUCUGUGACACCUCAGAGAGGUGUGCGUCGAGUAGCAAGGACCCUGUGGUAGACAGUCCAAGCCAUCAGUCGCCAGCCUACCCAACUACCUGCUCUGUCCAGAGCAACGGCGUGACAGUAACUAAAACAAAUGCUGAGGUACCCCCGCCUCAGAAGAGAACCAAGCAUCAUCAGAAGGUCCAGAGGAGAGGCUCACAGGGACGCCAGCAGCGGGGGCAAGCAGGCCAGAAGGAAAGCACCCAGAGGCAAGAGGAAAGGAAGAAGAAGGCAGCCCUGGUUAACAGGCUGAAAGCUCAGAGGCCAGAGGAAUGCUUGAAGCAUAUCGUUGUGCUGCUGGAUCCAGUGCUCUUACAGAUGGAAGGUGGGGGCCAGCUCCUCGGAGCACUCCAGUCCAUGGAGUGCUGCUGUGUGAUUGAGGCGCCGGCCGUGCCUUGCAGCAUCACGUGGAGGAGAAGGGCUGGGUCCACUGAGGAUGGAGAGGAGGACUGGGUGGAGGAGCCGAUGGUUCUGGUGCUGCUCCUGGCAGAGGCGUUUGUGUCCAUGAUCUACAACUUCAAGCAGGGGAGUCUGGGCAGCACCAAGGAAGGGAAGGAAACGCUUCGGAGCUUUGUAACUGACAUCACAGCAAGGACAGCUGGGAAAGCUCUGUCACUGGUGAUUGUGGAUCCGGAGAAAUGCUUCAGGGCUCCGAAUCCUCCAAGGAGAAGGAAACAGGGGGUGGCAAAUGGAGAACAGGCCAAGGAGAAGGAGAAGCAGAGACAACCAGAGGCCAGCACAGCGGCUGUGGUGACCAGGGUAGACAUGGAAGAGGCAUUGGUAGAUCUGCAGCUACACACAGAAGCCCAGGCUCGAAUCGUGCAGAGCUGGAAGGAGCUGGCCGACUUGGCGUGCGCAUUCACAAAGGCUGUGGCCGAGGCGCCCUUCAAGAAGCUCCGAGAUCAAGCUAGUUUCUCCUUCUGCCCGGAGAGUGACUGGGCUGGAGGGGUAAAGGUGGACCGCUCUGGCAGGGGGCUUGCAGUGGUCUGGAGGAGACAGAUUCAGCAGCUGAACCGAGUCAGCCUGGAAAUGGCCAGUGCCGUUGUGGACGCCUACCCCUCCCCACAGCUCCUGAUCCAGGCUUAUGAGCGGUGUUUUUCUGAGCAAGAACGCCAGAAUUUGCUUGCAGACAUACAGGUGCGCCGUGGGGAAGGUGUGACAGCCACCUCCCGCCGUCUUGGACCAGAGCUCUCCAGGCGUAUCUACCUUCAGAUGACCGCUUUGCAGCCAGAUCUCUCUUUAGACAGUGCAGACUGAUGCCAGCCCUCAGGGACAGGGAUGAAAAGCUGAUUUCCACCCCAGCCCCCCGACCUCAGAGCAUGACUACAGUGCAGGGAUCAGAAGCACCUCCUGCAGCACAGCCUGGGUCCUGCCCACAAUGCUUUCCUGGGCAUUGCUGUUUGCGAUAGUGUCCCUACCUGUCAGCUUGGGGCAGAGGCUGAGAUGCUCACAUUUGCCUUCCUCUCCCAGCAAGUCAACUGCCACGUACAAACCACCCCGACCCCUGCCCCAGCCAGCCCUCAAAAUACAAAGGAACAAAGACAGACCACUCAGACACGUAUUUAAUAACUGUAAAAAUCCAAAAGAACCUCAGCGUCAAAUCUUGAGGUCACAAGUGAACUGCCCUCGGCGGGCUGCUUGACAAGGCUGGACGUGCUCCCGCCUUCCUCCCGUCCACGGAAGCUGCCUCAAGCAGCCAAGGGACGGGGGAGGUCUGAUCAUUAUGCUGACUUCUGUAUUCUCUUAAUCUCAUUUUAUGUACUAUGUGUUUAGUUUCAAUAAAGCAUUUGUACCAAUGGCUCUGGAGCUUGGAGGAAGACUAAA